AUGGCCGCUCACGAAACGGAUCAGCCGAGUUCGGUUGCUGAGAAGGUCUGGCCAGGAAAGGCUGUAGCUGACUUACCCGGUGCCGCUGUGAGCAUGGUCGCCUCUGCCACAUCACAGACUUCCGAGGUGUUUCGUCUUCCUCCCAGUCACCACCAUCCUAGAGCACCGCCGUCUCCCCGUACUGAUCCAGCAUCGAAGCCGACUAGCAUCACAGCACACCUAACUACUCAUAGACCUCUAGGUCAGAGCCAUCUGCAUCGCACUCACUUUCCAACUCUCGACGACGCUCGGUGCCAGUUCGAACUGCACUCGGCCAACGGCAUCCCAGCUCAUCGACCCGCCCGCUACCACCUGGCUGAGCCAGCCUUCCCCACGCAGCUGUGCACCAUUAGCGAGCCAUUCAGCGACCCGAUCGAGUGCACUGCACUGCACUGCACUGCACUGCACCGCACUGCUCCACCCGUCCCUCUCGCUGACUACUGCGAUCCGCUGCAUGCCGCGCCCCUCGUCGAUUCUCGUGCUUCUCCCGCUCCAGCGCCGUCGGCUCUUGCUGCGCUCUUGGCUGGAUCUGCAAAACUGACCUGGCUACAAGCCUACCCACUCUGCAUUCUCUCCUCUCCGCCCCGACCCAACGCAAACUCGUACACUCUCUCUUCGCCUUGCCGCGCCGCCCUGCCAUCCGGCGGUCAUCCAUUCCGACCCACGCCUUCCGCUGCCAGCGUCCUUCGCAAGUCCUUUGUCUUUCUCCUGGCACCGCGUCGCCUCGCAGCUUUCUCAUCCGGCAUCCAUCUGCCUCACUCCACCCUCGACGAUACUCCGCCUCCUCCUUCGCGCAAACGACCCGUCACAGAGGCAGACGUCGACACUUCGCCCCUAUCGCUCCCCGACAAAGAGUCCAGCUCCACCUUCCCGGCAGCCUUGGCCGCCGCCUCCUCCUCCGUCCAAAAGAGGGCGCGAUUCGAGAGCCCCGGCGGUGGUCCCGCUCCUGCCACCAACAACACCUCUUUACCCAUCAACACCGAGUCCUUCCCGCCUCACUACACCCCUCUGCCCCCCACCAAGGCCACAAACCCUAGAGCCGCACAUCCCGUCCGCUCCAACAGCACUUUCGGCUCCUUCCACUCCUCCGCUUCCGGUACCUCCAACAGCAACCCCAACUCGCCCUCCAACGCCAGUUCCAACCCCAUCUCGCGCAGGUCGCACGCAUCCACACUCGACCCACGCUCGCCCCCGGCCCCUCUGGUGCCCUUCCCAGCCGGCUCGUCCUCCUACUUCGCCGACUCGUCCGCCAGGAUGUUCGAUCUCGAUGAGUCAGUCAGGGCGCUGUACUUUGCGCCCACCCCCAUCGUCGUUCUCGACCACAAUCGCAGGAUCCGCAUGAUGAAUCGUCCGUGCGAGAGCAUCUUCCUCAUGACCGGUGUCAGUUGCAUGGGUCAAACCAUGGACAGACUCAUCAUCGAAAAGCACCGCGCCGACUUCACCACCGCUCUCAACGAGGCUGCACAGGUGCGAGCCACCGCCGCAUGGGCUCCCCCCGUCCUCACCCGCCUCACCUUCCUCCAGGAUGACCAGAAGAUGUUUUCCGCCGACAUGAACAUCUCGGCGUGGCAUCCCACCGAUGAGGUCUUCUCCGAGACCUUCAACAACCACUUUGCGCGCUCCCUGUCGGGCGACGCGGAAAAGAGCGUCGACCUGGACAACGAGCCCUCGCCUGGCACGCCGCAACGCAUGGACUCGAUGGAGACGCGCGCAUCCACCCUGCCCCACGAGUCCUACUUCACCAUUAGCAUCGUUCCCACCCGCCUCGCCGAGAGACGCAUGAGCCCUGCCGAUCUCGAAACGACCAAGGCGGAAGAGCUCAAGGAAGGUGUGUUCCAUACCAUCGAAACUGCCAUCAUGGCGCUCUCUGCCGACGGCUCCACCGUCGUGCGCAACCGCGCUUGUGACGAGUUGCUUCAGAUGUUCCAAAAGAAGAAUCCUCAGGACAAGCCCAAGAAGGACAACGCCCCCAAGAAACCCACCAAGGACGGCCUCGAAGUCGAUCUUUCCUGGCUUUCUGACGUCAUGGACUGCUACACCGAAGAUUUCAGCGAGCCUUUCCCUGAACAGAACUGGCCGAUCUACCGCGCAGCCAUCCUCGGCCAACUCACCAAGCCUGUCCGCAUCGGAUGCGUUGCCACCGACACAGGCGCGAGGCGUGUAUACGAGAUCGUGGCCAAGCCGGUACGUGGAGCUGGUGGAUUCGGUGAGCAUGUGGGUGGUGUCAUCACUCUCAUCGAUGUAACCGAUACCGACAAGCAGCGUAAACUCGAGGUGGAACAGAAGGGCGAAGAGUACUUCCGCACCAUCUGCGACAGUAUGCCCCAACUUCUCUGGACCGCAUAUGCCGAUGGACACCACGAUUGGUACAACGAGGGCUGGUACCGUUACACUGGUCUCAACCGCCAGGACUCGUCUGGUGUAGGAUGGCAGCAGGUCUUCCACGAGGAUGACAUGGUCGAGACCAACAAGCGUUGGUCUCAUUCUCUGCGCACCGGCGAACCUUAUCAGACCAUGUAUCGGUGCAGAAAGUACGAUGGCAGCUGGAAGUGGAUGCUGGGCCGUGCCCUGCCCCUUCGCGAUCAGAAUACCGGGAAAAUCAUCAAGUGGUACGGCAGCUGCACCGACUGCGACAACGAGGUCAAGGCGCUGGAAGCGUCGCGCAAGUCGCAAGCGCAGCUGACGAGCGUCAUCAACCAUGCGCACGUCACCAUCUGGGCCAUCGACCGUGAUGCCAUCAUCACCAUCGCCGAGGGUCCUGGUGUGCGUUCGCUCCGCCUCGCUCCUGGCACGCCCAAUGGCUCGGACGGCGAUGGCUCAGGCUCUGGCAACUCGAUGUCCGGCUCCAUUCCUGGUGGCGGCGCCGUACAUGCACGCAGCGAAGACAUGAAAGACGCGGAAUCGCAGACCAACAGCCAAAGCGCGGUAAGCGGCCAGGGCAAGCGCUCGAAUCAGCGAAGCAUGAUUGGACGCAGCAUCUUCGAGGUUUGGGACUCGCCCGGAAUCCGAGAGGCCAUCAGCCGUGCACUCAACGGAGAGUCGGUUGUCCAGGAGAUGGAGAUCGAAGGUCGUUGGUUCCGCACGCAAUACACGCCGCAGCGCGAAGAGUCGUACGAGCACGACGCCAACGAAGGACCCAUCAUUGGUGUCGUCGGCGCAUCAGUGGACAUCACAGAUCGCAGGCGCGCCGAGCUCAAGCUCGAGGAAUCGAUGCACGAGAGGUCGCGUGCCCUCGCCGCCGAGACCGCGGCCAAGGAGGCUAGCAGGAUCAAGUCCGAGUUCCUCGCCAACAUGAGCCACGAAAUUCGAACGCCUAUCGCCGGUGUCAUUGGAUUGUCGGAGCUGCUGUGCGAUACGCAGCUGACCAAGGAACAGCGCGACUUCGCCGAAAACAUCCAGCGAUCCGCGGACGCUCUGCUCACCGUGAUCAACGACAUCCUCGACUUCGAGAAGCUCGAGCUUGGCAAGAUGGACCUCGAGAAGACUGCCUUCAACCUCAACGUGGUCAUCAUGGACACGCAAAAGAUGCUCACAUUUGCCACGCAGAAGAAGGGUCUCGAGUUCCGCAACGAGUGCCAGCUCAACUACACUGGUCAAAUCACUGGCGAUGCCGGCAGGUUGCGGCAGGUAUUGACCAACCUCCUGACCAACGCCAUCAAAUUCACCGCGACGGGCGCCAUCACGCUUCGGGUGAUCGAGACCUACGAGGACCCGAAGAGUCUACAUGUUCAUUUUGAAGUGCGGGACACCGGAUGUGGUAUCUCGCAGACCACGCUCAAGAAGCUCUUUCAGCCUUUCAGCCAGGCCGAUCCUUCCUUUGCUCGUCGAUUCGGCGGCACGGGUCUCGGUCUGUCGAUCUGCAAAAACUUGGUGGACCUCAUGGGCGGCACCAUCGGCCUGGAGUCCGUGGAGAACAAGGGCUCCAACGCAUGGUUCAGCAUUCCCUUCGAAAAGGUGCACUCGAUCGAAGCCGGCGGCGAUUCGUCUCCGGACGAAGAAGGCGUGUCCGAGAUGCAGAUGGAUGAGGCAACCAGCAGCCUUGGCGUGAGCGAGAAUCCCCUGCAGCGCCCUCGCAAGGACAUCUGGAUCCUGGUGGCGGAAGACAACCUCAUCAACGCUCAGAUCGCGCUCAAGACGCUCAAGAAGAUGGGCUUCAGCUGCAAAGUGGCCAAGGAUGGCCUCGAGGCGGUCGAGGAGGUCGGCAAGCAGCCUUACGACCUCAUUCUCAUGGAUUGCCACAUGCCCAACUGCGACGGCUACGAGGCGACCAAGCGAUUGCGAAAGUCCGAGAGUGUCGACAUCCGCACCACACCCAUCAUCGCCAUGACCGCCUCGGCGAUUCGAGGCGAUCGCGAAAAGUGCCUCGCGGCGGGCAUGUCGGACUACCUCUCCAAGCCGGUCAAGAGUGCUGCGCUCGAGUCGACGCUGGUCAAGUGGCUGUUUGACCCGUCCACGCGACAGUCACUCUCCAAGUAUGUGGCGCCACCGGUGCAGGGUGACUACUUUGGCGCGAAGAAGCCUGGAAGUGGCGUGCUGGAGGUGAUGAUCCCAAAGGCUGGCCAGCCCGGGUCGCCACCGCAGCUGAUCGAGCGCGACUCGACCGAGACUGUCAUGGGUCCACGCUCGAUCCAGUCGGGACGCCGCGGCUCUUUCAACCCGAUUGCCGAGCGCGAAGCGAUUGCGUCCGAGAUCGCAGCUUCCCCUUCACCCGUUCUGGCGUCGGCGCCGCAUCCUCUUCGAUCCUCGGGCGCGGAGCGGUCCGGAAGCGCGUCGCUCGACGCGCUUGCGAGCGAGGCGUCGAUGCCAGCAUCACGCAACGAGAGCGACGACGAGCCGAUCGAGUCGAUGGUGGCGGGCCCCACGCUGUCCAAGACGAGCAAGCGGCGUCUGUUGCGCCAUGGCCCGGUCAAGGUGGUGUGCAACGAUCCGAUGCCCACCAAGUUCAAGCCGGCGCCCAAGACGCUCUCGGCGCCCGAGGUUGCACUGGCGGACAAGCCGCCCAUAUUCAUCCGGCGGUCGUCGCGCGAGCAGGGCGGGCUCGGCCGCGAUCUCGAGGGCGAAGUGGUGCGCGCCAUGGAAGACGGCCAGGACGGCCCGUCGCUCGGCGUCUCGAUGGAGGAGUCGCUCGAAGAUGUCCAUGCCGAAGUCUCGCAGGAGGAGGCCGGAAAUAUCCACGUCCGCGCAUAG